AUGUUGUUGGAAGUAAAUGUGAAGUUGAUAUUUUUUUAUGAGCCAAAACCAGAUGCGGGAGACUUCACCUUUAUGGAUGUUGUUAGAGAGAAAAGAAAGGAUAAGACAUGUGAUGAAGAGAAUGAAAAAUUAAGUGAGUGCAGUGGUGAUUCUAGUGAUGAAUCUGAGAGGGAUUUACACUUUAAUGAUAGUGAAGAGGUGAUGAAUGGGUUUGAUGAAGGGGUUGGUGCAGGUGUUGAUGGUGAACCUAGAACUGAAAAUGUUGCAAAUAGUUAG